GGCGGAGGAAAACAUUUUCAGGCCUGUCAUAGACGUAGACAGCAGCUGCGCUGCAGCUGAACAUUUGUUUGUGUGUGUUCACUCUCACACACUGCUCGCUCUUUCUCUCACUCGCUCGCUCGCUCUCCCCCUACACUCCGGGUCGUUGUCGCUCUGUGGUCGUCGCCGCCUCGCCAAAUGCGUGUUUUUUUCCUUGCCCUACAAGUGCAAAACAGAAGCCAAUUGAUUUUCUUGUUGCUAUAUUUUGUGCCUUGAGCCCUGUGCCUGCGCCUGUGUGUCCACAGGGCCUGUCUCGAUGGAAAACACACCUAAACGACCUGAAAGUCGAGAGGGGAGCGCCGAACGUAAAGUGUCCAAAGAUCGCGAUGAGAAACUGAGAUAUGCCCGCGAGCGACAAAAUGAAGAGCGACAGAAAAAAAUCGAGGAGCUGAGAGCUCAGGCGGAAGCGGCGCAACGAUAUCGCGAACAAAAGGAGGAACAGCGCCGUCGACGCAUUGAAGAGAUACGCGUGCGCGACACAGAGAAGCGCUCCCAGGUGGAGGAGCGCAAGAAGGCCAUCAUUGAGGCCGAAAAAGAGCGACGCGAGUAUAUACUCAAAAAGAAUCAGGAACGCGAAUCACGAAUAGAGACUAAGAAACGCGAUAAAAAUUUAGUUGGCUUUGCUUUUGGCUCGUCCACGCCACGUUUAUUGGAUUUGCCGUCAGACUAUGGCUGUGUAUCCCCCAGCAGUUUUUGGAAUCAGCGACGUUCAACCUCAAUAUCGAACGUAGCUGGCGCCACGCUCUCACGUCGAAGUUCCGAGCGUGAACUUGCCGAUAGUGGUGCUAAGAAGCGUGCAUCUUCAUCAACGGACAGACAAGAUGAUCAUCGACGUAAGUCUUCGUCCAUGUAUGAGGUAUUUAAUUGGGGUUAUUCCAAUGAUGAGCCGCCCAAGCGUUUUUCGCUUUCAAUAGCUGGCCAUGAAAUUAAUAUUGAUGGGCCAGCGCCCACAGCAACAGCAAUCACAACAGCAACAACUGCGCACAGACAUAAUACAAGCACUCCAAUAGCAACAACAACAACAACAACUUCAAGCCACAACAACAACAAUAACUCAUAUCGUAAGGAAGAUAACGUUGACUCAACACAGAAUCUAGUGUUCCGAAGCGUUUACCGCCGCAGAACGGACCUCAUGCCGACAAUACCUAGCCCACGUGAUGGGCAUUACGGCUCGCGCAGCUCUCUGAGCACCACACCCAGAACUCCAGGACGCGCCUACUCGAUGAACCGCUUGGAUCAGCUGUCCCAGCCCAUACGCCGCAAUGGCGAGCAUGUGCGCGCAAUUUUGGAACGGGAGCGACGCGAACGCGAAGAGCUGGAGAUGCUUGACGAGACAUCCUCGCUAAGUGGCGGCGCUGGCCGACGCGCUGGCAUGCGCUCAAAGCCGCGUCCCGGCAGCGCCAGUGGCAGCAUGAGCGGCAGCUCUACCGCAGUGGGCGCCAUGUCACGCAGCAUGACCCACUUGGCAGGUGCGCAGCGUGAGCGCGGCAAGUAUUCAUUGGGUGGCGGCAUCUCGAGCAGCUUUCGGCCUUUAAGCAGCGGUCAGCGUGACUCCAGUAAGAGCAUGACACAGAUAAGCCAUUCGUGGUCGCAAUUCGGCGGCACGCCCACCAACCACCACCACCACCACCAACAACAACACUACACUACAACACCACAACAACAACAACAACGCCAUUCACAACUUGGCUUGCAAACUAGCGCAACAAAAAAAUAUCUUCAAUCAUCAUUUGCGAAUCAUUCUUCAGCGCAGUCCUCCUCACGGCGUGCCCAGCAGCAAUAUGCGAACUCAGCCUCUACUAACCCCUACUACCGUUGUCUCGAUCUCGAUCCAAACUCAUUGUUGCUCAUGAACUCUUCUAGUUUGUUAGUGAAUGCAGGCUCGCGCUCCGGCAAUGUAACACCAGGUGGACAUGUUGGCUCAAGACCCGGCAGCGCCAUGUCCAACUCCACAACACUCUCCACAGCUGGCUUGGUGGCCAGAAGGCCCGCUACAGCGCCACGCAAGCCCAGGCCAGCCAGCAUUGCAGGCACCGGCAUGUCGCUGGAUGAGAUCAACAAACUGAAGAAGGACUACAAGCCGCCGAUGAAGACCAGCGCCUCGCCAUCCACGUCCACAGCACAAACGACACCCAAACGAACUACGAACCUAAUGUCAACCUCCAUGAUUGUCACCUCCAGCUCUACGCGCUUGAGCAGUGCUGAAAAAAAGACGCCCAAGCGGGAACCAUUACCGCCCAAGGCUGCCUCAGCCUCCAGGGCUCAGACUAGUCGCAAUGCCAGCUCCGAGCGUAUUAGUCGCAGCAAGGCCAAGGAUCCCAUGAGCGUCUCAAUGAUUGUCACCAGCAGCAGCAGCAGCAGCAGCCACAGCACUACAACAGUGACCACAACCACUCCAGCAGCAGCACCCAAGACAAACGGUGUGAGCAAGGAGGUAAUUGAAGCUCAGCCUGCAGUUGAAGCAGCUCCCGUUGCGGCUGCGGCCACGCAUACAGUUAGCAAAGCGGAAAAGGAGGCACUCAAUACAGUUAAGACGGAACAGUUGCAACAGGAACAGUUGACAGCAGAGGAACUGCAGCAACCAGAGCCAGAGCCUAUUGAGGUAGCUGUGCCAGAGCCAGAGCCAAUUGCUGCAGCUGUCAAUGUAGAAGAGAAAGCUGACGAAGGCAGCGAGAAAACUGUGGAGUCAGCGCCCGCUGUGCCCAAGAAGACUUCGCGCAACGGCAGCAAGGAGAACUCCGAGGUGCGUGAGCUGACACCGCCAACGGCUAAUGCUGCUGAUGGCGAUCUAAUGACCGCCUCAAUGAUGGCGCGCAAAAUCACUACCGAGGAGGAGGCAAAGGCUGCGUUAGCCGAACGACGACGCCUGGCCCGCGAGGAGGCCGAACGACAGGCAGAACUAGAGCGACAGCGUCUUGAGGCCGAGCGCCUGGCAGAGCUCAAGGCCCAAGAGGAGGAGGCCGAACGUCAGCGCUUGUUCGAAGAGGAAUCCACGCGUAUGGCUGAGCAGCAGCGUCGCGGCGAAGAGGAGCGUCUGCGCAAGGCCAUCGAGGAAGCACAACAGCGUGAGGCUGAGGAGCAGCUGCGGCGCGAAGAGGAAGAGCGCCAGCGUGUUGAGCGCGAGGAAGCCGAAAAGAAGGCCAAGGAGGAGGCUGAAAAGCAGCGCAUCGAAGUGGCCGAACGUCUCAAGCGUGAGGAAAAGGAGCGCGAAGAGCGACGCAAGCGUGUGGAGGCGAUUAUGUUGCGCACACGCAAAGGCGGCGCUGCUGCCACGCCCGCCAAGGACUCUGCGGACGCCAAGACAGCAGCUGCUGCUAAAGAGAGCGACAGCAACAGCAGCAGCGGCAACAACUCGACUGGCGGCUCGCCCAGCAGCAACAGCACAGAGGCAGCUGCACCAACAGUGGCCACAGUGGUGGCACCAAGUGAAACAACGCCGCCAAGCAAGCAAGAAACAUAUGAGCAAUCGGUGCUGGAUAAAGAGAACUCGCUCAUCAACAGCUUCUCGAACAUGAUUAUCGAUGAGCAGCAGGUGAAGAGCUUUCAGCAGUUUGAAGUGACUAACGGCAAGCUGCAUGCAGACACAACCACAACAGUAACCAGUCCAGCAGCAGCAGCAACAGCAGCAGCUGUUGCCAAUGGCAAUGGACAUAUUGAGAAUGUUAGCAAUAAGAACGACAUUAAUCUGCUGCAGGACGUAGUGACUCCGGCUGUCACACAGCUGAUCGAUCUUAGCAUUGAGUCACAAGAUCUACACAUGAACAACAAUAACAAUAAUAACAACAACAGCUUGCUGACCAGCACAGCGGCAAACAACACGCUAGUCACUGCUGAUAGUCACGAGAAUAAAGAUAUAUCGUUGCUGUGAAUCCAUUGAUGGGGGAAAACCAAACUAGUUUGUGUCCAAACAAGCUGCAAAAAACACAUAAACAAAAUCUGAUAUAUAGCUAAAUGUUUGUGGAGUAUUUAUUUAUAGGUUGAUAUACACACAUAUAUCAUGAGUGCGCCGUAAAAGCAACAAAUUAUGGUUACUA